AUGAUACUCCUCUUCGUUUUAUUCUUUAUUUUAACUGAUUCCAAACAACUAAAAUGGUGUAAAUACCAAGACUCUCUUUCAUGUGAAACACUUUAUGAAGAGUGCAAACAAGAAUAUAAAUGGAGUAUUUCAAGUAAUAUAAUAAACUUGGAUGGAUUGUUCAAUGGGUUUUCUUGUAUUUGUGACAAAGAAACAACCCUUCACAUCAUUACUAAUAAUACACAAUUCGAUUUAAUUUUCGAAACCAAAAACACAAUUUUUUUGUAUUCUACUACCGAUAAUUCUUUUCAAAAUCUUUCGCAAUAUCACAUGAAAGAAACACAAAUUAAAAAUGGUUCGAGUAAAACGGGUAUUAAAUCAGCAUGUUCCAGCUAUUGUACAAAUUGUGAAAAUGAUACUUGUACAGCAUGUACAGAUGGGCAUUACCCUCAAAGUUCAUCAUGUCCAAGUUGUAACACAGCAUGCAAAACGUGCACUGGAUCAACAAGUUCAGACUGUACUUCUUGUGCAUCCAAUUAUUAUUUUUCUGAUUCAACAACUUGUACUAUAUGUACAACUGGAUGUUCUGGAUGCACAUCAUCAUCUGUUUGCACUUCAUGUUAUGGAGGUUAUUAUUUGUCAAGUUCAACGUGUAAUUCAUGUAGUGCGGCUUGUAGUACAUGCACUGGAGCAGGAUCUUCUAAUUGCAAUAGUUGUGCAACACAUUAUUAUAAAACAUCUGGAACGUGUUAUAAAUGUGAUUCCUCUUGUUACUCAUGUUCGGGUUCAAGCACAUAUUGUACUAAAUGUUAUACAGGAGAUUAUCUUUCAAAUAAUCAAUGUUUCGCAUGCCAUUUGUCAUGUGAAAAUUGUAAAGGUGAUUUCAAAGAAAAUUGUACAACGUGUAAUAGUCAUUUUUACUUAGUAACUUUAAACUCUUCAACUAAAACUGGGAAAUGUCUUGAAUGUGAUAGUAUAUGUAAUAACUGUAAUGGCCCAACCAAUUUAAAUUGUACAUCUUGUAACGAUGGCUAUUAUUAUAAUAAAACAACUUCCACUUGUAAUCAAUGUAGUUCAAAUUGUAGUUAUUGUACAUCGAGCACGAAGUGUUAUACUUGUGAUGGCGGUUUUUAUUUGUUCAAUUAUGCGUGUUUUGAAUGUAUGGAAGGGUGUAUGAAAUGUUCAAAUGAUAUGUAUUGUUCGUCGUGUAAAGAUGGUUAUUAUAUUUCUGGUUAUUUUUUGUUUUUGAAAUGUAUUCAAUGCGAUCCAAAUUGCAAAACUUGCAAAGAGAAAGAAACAAAAUGCACGUCUUGUUAUGACCACUUUUAUUUAAAUUCGUAUACAUGUUCUGAGUGUAAUUCAACAUGUUACAACUGUUCCAAGUCGACAACAUGUACUUCAUGUGUUGAAGGAGAAAGAUACCUUAUAAACAACCAAUGUCUUACAUGUGAUAAUUGUAUGGUUGGUCAUUGUAUGGCAUAUCCAGAGAUGUGUACACAGUGUUUAGAUGGAUAUUACAAUGAUGCUGGCAUUUGCAACAAAUGUUCUUCUGUUUGUCAAACAUGUAAAAAUACCGAGAGUACUUGUUUGACAUGUUUAGAUAAGACUUAUUUAUAUGAAUACACUUGUUUACCUUGUCAUGAUAAAUGUACAUCAUGUGAUACUUUAGAUGGCUGCACUUUGUGCCAGGAUCUCUACUUUCCAAAGAACAAAACUUGUCAUUCGUGUGUAGAAAUUGAAAACUGCUUCAGGUGUAAUCCAGCAAAAGAAGAAUGUACUUCAUGUACAGGCGAUUUUAUUGUAAGUUCUGGUAUCUGUGUUUGUCCUUCAUUCAAAUAUCAAAAUUCACAAAAUACUUGUCAAUUUUGUUACAAUAAAAUUGUUAAUUGCAAAACAUGCAAAGAAACAGAAAAUUACUCGAGUUCAACAAAUACAAUUAAAUGCACUGAAUGUUACGAACCUUACAUUGUCGAUUCGAACGGAAAUUGUGUAUUAUGUCCAUUAAUUACAUAUUAUUCAAACUUAACAAAAGGUUGCAGACCAAACACAAUUUCUGGUUGUUUAAAACAGGUUUUAGUUGAUAAAUGUUUAGCAUGUGAUACUAAUUAUUAUCUGACAAAUCAAACAUGUCAAGCAAAAAAUUCAAAUUGUUUAACUUAUUCACAAACAUCAUGUGAAGAAUGUUCGAGUGGGAUAACACUGAGAGGGACUUGUGAAAACAAUGGGAUGAAUUGUAAAUAUUUUAUUAAUGAACAUUCAAAAAGUACUUGCUUGAAUUGUUUGGAUAAUACAUUAAAAACAGCACCUAUUUUAUGUGAAAUGCAAAAAGGGAAUUUUUAUAUAAAAAAUGGAAUAUUUUACAAGUGUAUUAAUGGUGAAUAUUUAAAUAUAAAUAACACAUGUAAUAUUUGUUCUGAAAAUAUAAUUUUAAGUGACAAUAGUAAACAACGAUGUACAAUGAUUGGGUCUGUUUUAAAUCGAAUUAACUGUGAAGAAAAUGAGAUCAUUGAUAUCCAUCAAAAUACGUGUUUUAAAGAUGAUAAUUGUGUUAAAGUACAACAAAGUGAUUGUUUGAAAUGUUCAUCAAAUAACAAUUUUAUUAUCUCAAAUAAUUUGUGUGUUUUAUCGGAAAUACCAAAUUGUGUUCUCUAUGACAGAAAUGAAUGCAUAAAAUGCGAUAAUAAUUUUGUAUUAAUUUCCAAUGAAUGUGUUCAAAUGAAAAUGCACAAUUGUCAAAAAUCAAAUGGGAUUUCAUGUUUGAUGUGUCCAGAAGAAUUUUGCAGAGGAACAAAUAUUGAUGAAGACCACAAAUUUUGUAUAACAAAUUCAAACAACGUCAAGUAUUUUGUUGAAAAACAAGAUGGCUCUUUCAUGUAUUAUGAAUGUGUUAAUACAUUUAUUUUAUAUACAAAUAAUUGCGUUCUCCAAAAACAAAUACCAACAAUGGAAACAACAAAACAAAAUAUAAAUAAUUUAAUAAAGCAAUCAAACAUAAAAUACGAAAAUGAAACACAUUGCAUACUUCAAAGUACAAAAGGGUGUAUUAAAUGUGAAGAAAAAUAUUAUUUAUUAAAUAAUUUAUGUAUGCCUUGUGGUGAUUCUUGUGUAAAUUGUUUUAAUUCGACAUAUUGCCUAUCAUGUGAAAACAAAAUAUACUUUUUAAAUGUACAGAAUAAAUGUGAAUUGGCAAGUGAUUUACACACACGAUGUGACCUUUCAAUGCCACACGAUGUAGGAUGUGCUAUAUGUAAACGUGGAUAUUUCAAAGAAAGGAACGAUUGUGUGAAAUGUGAUUCUUCUUGUGAAACAUGUUCAGAAAUAUCCAAAUGCCUAUCAUGUGUUGACAACUACUUUUUGAUACCAAGCGAAUUUGCACUUUGUCAACCAUUUGACCUUCUUACAAACUGUUUGAAUAAAACCAAAAGUGGGUGUACAUUGUGUGAAGACAAAUAUUAUAUAAAUGUUGUUAAUUCAAAGUGUUAUUCUUGCCCAUUUGAAUGUCUUAAUUGUACUUCAGAGAGUAUUUGCACAUUAUGUCAAGACAAUUACAUUUUAUUUAAUGGAAUGUGUAAACCAUAUUCAAUAGCUGAAUUUUGUAUAAAAGCUUCGAAUAAUUAUUGUACCGAAUGUGAAAAUAAUUAUGAACUGAGUGAUGAUGGACUUUCUUGUAUUGAAAACAAGAAACUUUUUGUGAAAGUUGGAGUACCCAUACUUGUCAUAUUCUUUGUUUUAAUCAUUGGGAUAACAAUAACUAUCAUCUUUUUAUUCUUCUUUAGACAACACAAAAAGGCUCAAAUAGAGGCUUCUAAAGUGUGUGUAUUCAACAUGAAAAAGUCGAAUGUCGUAUUUAAAACGAUCACAAAUAAGAUAUGCAGCAAUAAGAGUGUUUUGGAAUUUUUCGGAGAGACGGAGAAUGAUAUUGAUGUGAAUGUAGAAAGUCGAGAACUUUUCUGUGUUGGAAAUAAAGGUGACAACUCGCUGAAAAUUCAAUUCACUGUGAAACAAAAUUGUGACCAAUACACUAUACGGACUGAACCUCGACUUGUUACUCUCAAAAAGAAUUGUGCGUGCGAAUUUGAAAUGUUUAUAACACCAAAUUUUUCUUCACAAAUUGAGGACGAAAUUGCAUGUGUAUGUCUUGACGUUGUAGAAGGGAAAGAAGAAGUCGUGUUGAUCAAAAUUCGCGCAACAACAAAGAUGUCAACUCGAAUUGAUUACCACGAAUUAAAAGAAGAAAAGAAAAUAGGGGAAGGCACAUUUGGAAUGGUUUAUAAAGGUAAAUACAGAGGAAAUGAUGUUGCAAUAAAACGACUAAAAUUUUCAUAUCAAAAUAACGAAAAAAGCAAUUUAAAUCAACUUUCUACCAAUGAAACACCUAAAAAUAAUUUAAAAAUGGAUUCAAAUAAUAAAAAUGAAAAGAGCAAAGAAAUUGAUGAGAAAAUUGUUGACGAUUUUGAAAAUGAAGUUAACAUGUUAAACAAAUUCAGAAGCGACUAUAUCGUCCAUUUUUAUGGAGCCGUUUUUGUACCUUCAAAAGUUUGUAUGGUCACAGAAUAUGCUCAAUUUGGAAGUUUGAAAGAUUUAAUGGAUCAUAAAGAGGCGUGUGAAAUAUGUGAAAAGCUCAGAAUUAAAAUCUGUCUUGACGCAGCAAUGGGAGUACAAUACUUACAUUCAAAUGGGAUCUUACAUCGUGACAUUAAACCAGACAACGUUCUAAUUUUCUCAUUAAAUUACACAGAAAAAAUCAAUGCCAAAUUGACUGAUUUUGGAAGUAGUAGAAAUGUCAAUCAAAUGAUUUCUAAUAUGACAUUCACUAAAGGAAUUGGAACACCGGUGUAUAUGGCACCCGAGGUGUUAAACAAAGAGAAAUAUACAGAAAGUGCAGAUAUGUAUUCUCUAGCUAUUUUUAUGUUCGAGUGUAUGAGUUGGGAAGAAGCUUAUAAAAAGAAAGAAUUCAAAUUUCCUUGGAAAAUUGCAGAGUUUGUUAUUAACGGUAAUCGAUUGGAAAAACCAGAAUCGAUGAAUGAUCGUAUUUUCAAUAUAUUGGAAAAGUCUUGGAAACAAAAUCCAAAAGAAAGAAUAUCAAUAGAAGAUUUUGUUAACGACUUGCAAAAAGAAUUUAAUUUAUGA